UAGCGCCUCUGCUACCAUGGUGAACGGGUGAGAUUCUUCAUGCAGCCUCCCAGGCGCCAGUCCUUGAAAGACAAACUCGACAGGCGCAAAUCGCUGCAGGAUGAGCUGAAGGCAGCCGCCCUCGAUGAGGGUCCUGAAGCGUCCAACCUGCCCGAUCCUUCUCAGGAGGAUGACGAGGACGGCGAGCUCUGGGAUGGCAAUGACAAUGAGGAGGAAGAAAGCGAGGAGAGCUCUUUCAUGGAUGAAGAAGAGAUUGAGGCAGAAGAGCUGGGUGAUCAAAGGGAGAACCAAGACAAGAUCUUGGACUGGUGGUGCCAGCGUCAGCUGCUCCGAGUCUUGCGGCGUAUGGUGAGAUUGCCAAAGGCGGGACCUUUCAAGGAGCCCCUUCCAUGGAAAGAGCUUGGCUUGGAGGACUAUCCGGAGGUGGUCACCGAUCCCAUUGAUCUCAGGACCAUUGCUGAGCGCCUGCAAGAUGGCAGCUACAAGGAUGAAGAGGGCUUCGUCAAUCCAGACUUCUUCUGGCAGGAUGUUGCGCUUUGCUGGGAGAAUUGCAAGAUGUACUACGAGGACGACCAUGAAAUUGAAGCUGUGCGUAUGGCGGAGGAGAUGAGGGUGGAAGCAGAGAAGUUGGAGGAUGAAUUCUGGCAAGACCUUGAGAAGUUCGAAGCAUCGCUCGACCGAGUGAAGGGGAAUGCCUUGAUCAAAGUCGCUGCAGUUGCCGAUGUUGCGAAAGGUGCCAUGAAGGACGCCGCAACCCUUGCUAUGGAAGAAUCAAUGAAGCUUGCGAAACGUACCCAAGACUGGUGGAACAAGCUUCGCGGAAAAAAGAUGGAGCCGGAAGAACAAAAAGAGAUCCAAGUGCUCCAGAUGGAAGUGAAGCCACGGUUGCGCGACCACUUCCUAGAGAUGCUCAAGCUCCGCUUCCGAGUGAACGGUUGGGAGGACAUCAUGGGUAUCGAAGAAGAGGUUCUCUUUGGCAUGCGAGACAAUUGGCCCACUUUGGACCAGGAGUCUGACUUGAGCAUUGUGGGAGAGGAUGUCGAAGCUUGGGAUGCGAAAAAGAUUGCAGUGGAGAGGUUGCUUCCUACGAAGUACCUGAGUUAUGUGCACGGUGGUCAGCGUGGGAAGCGCAUUGAGUCACUGGCCAGUUCCAGGAGCAGUGUCAGAUCAUCUCCUCGGUUUGGGACUGGUGGAUCUCGUCGAAACUCUUUCGAAAGUUCUAGGGCCGGGUCAGAGAGGUCAGAGAGCAGACAGCAUACACCUCGUUCUCACAGGUCAGAAGGCUCCAGUGUCUUCUCCCAUGGCUCAGAGACAUCCAAGAUGAUGAGUCGGGCGGUCAGAGCUUCAGUCCUCGAAGCAGGGGUUGCUGAGGUUCCAGGUGUCGACACAUCUUCUGAGUCAGAGCCAGACAAAGAGGAAACCAGUAUGCCGCCGGUCAAGCGCUUGUCUUUGAUGAUGCCACCCAAGGGGAGACCAUCAGCCUCCAGAUGAUGGCGUCAUGGCUUCUGAGCUGUGAGCCCGGUGCUUUACGCAUUGUGCCGUCCUUGAAAAAUCCGGGGACAGCGGCGCAUUGUUUUUCCAAGUUCAUUGGGAACCAUAAUUUGUACAUAGUGCGGCUCUCUUGUUCAAGGCUGC